AUGAACAAGUCAAGAACACACAUUGUGACUGAAUUUAUCCUCCUGGGUUUCCCUGGUCACUGGGAAAUACAAAUCUUACUCUUUGUGCUUUUCUUCAUAGUCUACAUCUUGACCAUGGUGGGGAAUGGGGCUAUCAUAUGUGCAGUGAGGUGGGACCAGAGGCUCCACACCCCCAUGUAUAUCCUCUUAGGGAACUUUGCCUUCCUGGAAUUCUGGUAUAUAAAUUCCACUCUACCCAGCAUGUUGGAAAACUUCCUCUCAGAGACGAAAACUAUCUCUUUUGCUGGCUGCUUCCUCCAGUUAUAUUUCUUCUCCUCACUUGGUACAACUGAAAUCUAUUUCCUGUGUAUCAUGGCUUAUGAUCGUUAUCUUGCCAUCUGCCACCCACUGCACUACCCAACCAUCAUGACCCUAAAGUAUUGUAACACCUUGAUGUCUGUGUGCUGGGUCCUUGGCUUCCUCACCUAUUCUCUAUCUACUAUCCAGCUCUCUCAGCUGCCAUUCUGUGGUCCCAACAUCAUUGAUCACAUCAUUUGUGAUAUGGAUCCACUGAUUUCCCUGUCAUGUGUCCCUGCUCCUACCACUGAAAUUCUAUUCUAUAUCAUAAGCUCUCUCAUCAUCUUCCUUCCCAUACUCUACAUCCUUGGCUCUUAUUUCCUCCUACUAAGAACUGUGCUACAAAUUCCUUCAGCUGCUGGCCGCCGUAAAGCCUUCUCUACAUGUGGAUCUCAUCUGGCUGUGGUCUGCCUCUUCUUUGGGAGUCUGAUGAUCAUGUAUGUGAGCCCAACAUCUGAGAACUCUGGUGAUGUGCAAAAGAUCAUAAGUUUAUUUUAUUUAGUGGUGACACCAUUCUUAAACCCUCUGAUCUACAGUCUCCGAAACAAGGAGAUGAAGGCUGCCUUGAGAAAAUUGCAUCUCAGUUCAAUGAUAGUAAGAAUCAAGUGA